AUGCUAAUGUUAAACCUUGGCCAGCACGGCCUCGUCAACGCCGUCGUCGCCGCGGCCAGCACCGGCUCAUCGGCGGUUCCUCGGAUGAUGCUGCCUGAGUCGCCCCGCACGUUGGCUUGCAACCCGGUCCCCGGCUUCCACGUGUACCCGCGGGCCUCCCACCUCUCCGGUGAGUGCUCGCCCGACGUGAGCGUGGUCGCGCCUUCCACGCCCGCGCCCGCGCCCAUCGACCUCAACGCCACCCCGGUGGCCGGUGGCUCGUCAUCCGGUGGCACGAGGAAACGCGCGCGGCAGACGCCGGUCGGCGUGCUCCCGGAGGCCCGCAACCUGUUCGAGGGAAUGCCGUCCGCCGUCGACGAGGACUACAUGCAGAACCUCAUCUUCGAGGGCGGCGCGCCGGCCGCUGGCUACGAUCCCGACGAGACACAAAGCCAGGACGGCCGCGGGGCGUUCACGCCGUCCGCUGGCUAUGAUCCCGAUCAGGGGCCCUUCAUGCGUGAUCAGGUCGGCAUCGACCUGGACGGCUUCCCACUCGACCACGAGUUCCCGGAUGACUACGGGCUAGAGGAAGAGGACGAGUGCGACAUCAAAGUGGAGCCCUUGUUCGAGGACGAGCUCGCCAACCAAGCCGCCGGUCCUAAGCCGAAGCGCAAGAGCAAGCGCAUGAAGGCAUACACGGCGACCGAGGACAAGCUUCUUUGCGAGUAUUUGUCAGUUGCCAUAAUAUUCAGACUGAAGGGCUUCAAUACAGUGAAUGGCUUCCUUUUGCUGGUUAGAUAG